AUGACUUUCAUUGAGUAUUCCGAUCAGAAUAUCCUCUGACAAUCGUUUACUCCAAUUUCUUUUAUUUCUUUUAACUCGUUCAAGGUAAAUUAGAAAGGACGUGGAUAAAAUGUGAAUUCGUUUUUCGUUACCUUCUCUUUCUCUUCUUUCUCAUCCUUAUCUUCCUCCCCCACCACGUGGCCCUUGCCGUUGCCCCUUCACGGUUUGAUGUUUCCCCUUCUACUGAUUUUCUCUCUCUCUCUCUCUCACUCGCUCUCACGUACAUUCGCAGACGUCUUUCCGUCUGUGCUCCCACCCUGACAGUGUCCCUGUAUCCUCGCAACACUCCUUCCUCAUACGGUGGUGAACGGGACAGUUUUCGCACGACGCGCCCUUUCAUCAAAGCCACACAGCAGCCGACGACGAUCAAAGGAAGAAAGUUACGGAACAAACUAAGCAAAUAAGAAAAACAUUUCUAAUCGUCCUACACAUCAAACGUCGAUUAGUGACAGGAAUCGUGUGUUUUCUCGGUAAUUGAGUAUCCGUUAUCGUGACAACGAGAUGUGAUAUUAAAGGAUGAUCCUCGCUAACUAUAUGACUGGAAAAGAAAUUCUUAUGGAUUGAGAGAAAAGCAGACGGACGGGGUGAAGAGGAACGGCUCUGCCUUUAAUCAUGCCCGCUCGUUGAAAAAAAAAAAAGAAAAAACAUUUCGAGAGUAGAAGAUAGCCAGAAGACGAGGGUGAGAAGAGGAAAGGAAAGGAAAAGGGAGGAGAAGAGAAAAGAGGUGGUGGUGGUGGUGGGCGAAGGGGAGACAAAUAUACAAAAGAAAAAUUCUGAACCUACCAGCAUUUCCAACUCUACCAAGUCAGCAAAUGAAUUUCUUUCUUUCUAUCCGUAUCAGUCUAUUUGAAAAGAAUUAACAAAAUUGCAACCAAUUGUCGUCGUUUUUCGAAGAAACUAAAUCUGAAGAGGAGGAUAAAUAUAAGAAGAAUUGAAAUUGGCACGAAAAAUAAACGCACGAUGAAUCAUUCGAGAACUGUCAGAGAAAAUUAUACGAAAAGUAUGUCUAUCACAUUGAUCCAUUCUACAGACUUUCGAUAUUAUUUAAAUAUUAAAUUGAAAUAUAUUUAAGAAUUUAAUUAUAAUAUUUAAAAAUAACAAAAUCGCGAGACAAAGUUAAGAAGAUAAAAGAGAUUAAGAAUCAAAAAUCAAGUACCGUACAAUUUGGAAUAAGAAUAUCUGCACGUAGGUAAUGUGUUUGUUGGUGGUGAUAUGUGUUGGUCGAGGAUAGUGCUUCAGAAACAAUGCGAUCUUCACGAUAACGAGGAUCAAAUCGGAUCGCUGGAGAGAGAGUUUAAGAGGCUGAAGACUCCUUCUUCUUUUUCUUUUUCGGAAGUGGAAGAGGUGGAGGUGGAGGUGGAGGUGGAGUUUGAGGAAACUAGUCCUGAAGAAAAAGAGACACUUGCGAUUAAAAAAAAAUAGAACAAAUUCUUUUGUGUGAUACGUUUAGGAUUUGUAUUUUGGAAUAACGGCAAAGAAGACAUAAACCAAACAUGGGGAAUGGGAUGAACAAGGUACUUCCCGGCCUUUAUGUUGGUAAUUAUCAAGACAGUAAGGACGCAGAUCAACUGGAAAGGUUCGAGAUAACUCAUAUCCUGGCUAUUCACGACACGGCUCGUAGAUUACAUUCUAAUAAACAUUAUUUAUGCAUCCUAGCAGCAGAUAGACCAGAUCAAAAUCUGUCACAAUAUUUUUCUCUAUGUAACGAUUUCAUUCACGCGGCACGAUUGCGCGGUGGUAACGUUCUAAUACAUUGCCUGGCAGGCAUGUCGAGAAGUGUGACAGUCGCAGUCGCUUAUAUCAUGAGCACCACAAAUCUAUCCUGGAAAGAGGCACUUAAGGUUGUGAGGGUAGGUCGUUCUAUCGCCAAUCCAAACGCUGGCUUUCAACAACAACUCGAGGACUUUGAAUCAAGCCGUCUUCAGGAGGAACGACGAAGAUUGAAAGAAAGAUUUCCUAGUCUCGCGUUAGCCGAAACUGAUGCAGAAGCAUGCAGAGCAACACUUAAAAAUUAUGAGGCAUUGGUGCAAGCACGAGAAGUUUGCGAAGGCAAAUGUGCAAUGGGUCGUCCUUGUCCUACUGGUCUUUGUCGUCAACCGUCCAAAAGGACUUCCAGAAGACGAUCGUCUUCCAGUAGUUCCGGAAAUUUAACGCCUGGUAGAACACCACCGCAAACACCAAGAAUGCUUCCAUCCGCACCACCCUCGCCAGCCAUGCCUAGAUCAGCCAGCGUUAUGUCCACUAGUCGGCCAAGGAGUGGUCCUGCAGGUUUACAUUCCUAUACAGGAUCCGCACCUCCUUCCAGAGCUGUUUCGAGGGUUGAUCUGUCAACUGCCGUAGCAUGCAGUAGUAGCAAUACGAAUUUAGCUACUGUGGGCAGAUCCGUUACACUAUCCAGUAGUAAUUGGAGAUUGACAGCAGGAUCAGCACCAACCACACCAAGGCCGACACCACCUGUGUCCCCUCAACGAUGGUCAAGACGACUUUCCAGACAAACGCCACAAUUACCUGUACCAUCGGAAGCCCAUUCCUCGAUGACGUAGCAGCACAAUGCAAUCACCCUUUCCAGUCUUCUGGAAUGAAGCUAGGUAAAGAUCUUUGAAAAGAAAUAGUACAGAUCACUUCAAAACUUGCAAGAAAAAUGCAAGACACGUUGUAUUAAAUUUUGUUCUUCUCUUUGACAACCAAGUCUCUAUCUAUUUCUUUUUUGUUUGUUCUUUCUUCUCUUUAUUUUUUAAUCACUUUUAAAAUAACAGAUCUUAACGAGAAACCUGAGAUCGUCGAGUUUUAAAUUUAUCGACUGAUAAGAAUGAUCUUGGGAAGAUAUAAUUAUUUUUGAAAAUAGAUCUAACAAUUAUCAACUAAUAAGCGAUCAUUUAUGCAUCUAUUCUGCUUCUAAUCGAAUUCGAAUUUGUACUUUCGAAUUAUUGGGUUGUUAAUCAGUCGCCUUAUAAGAUGUCAAUGAAUAAAAUGACAUGCCGCGGAUGAAACUCUAUGAAAACUGGAUAGUUUGUAUAUCAUACGGGUCUAACGGGUUAAUGAUUGAUGAGAUUGAUUAUACAUCGAGGGAUGGGAUAGAGGGUCGAGUGGAAUUUGUUGGAACAGGUAAAGAAAAACUUUGACCGAUUUUGUACGUUUGUAAAAUCCUUCAAUCUUGUCGUACUGUCAAAAACACAAGACAAGAACAAAAUUAAUGAACAGAGUUGUUACUUGGAGGGAGGGAGAGAGUAUGAAAUUUCGUUGACAUGGAAUGAACUAAUUGAAAAGAUCAAAUGUUUGAAAGCGAAGUGUGAUAUGUUGUUUUUAUCAUGUUAUCCCAUCACCAAAUUUUGUUCGCAACCGUCCAAAUAAUUGUUGGCUUUGUAGCGGGAUCGCGCUGUUUAUCGCGAAUCGUUGUUGACACUCUGAAAGAUAUACAUAUAUAAACAUAUAUACAUAUAAUACAUAUUAUACACCAUGGCCCGAGUGUCACGUUGUUACGAAAAGGAUUUUCAAAGAGAAUAACACGUAGUUAUAUAUAGAUAGAAGAUAAAUAAAUAAGAAGAACAAAAAAAUAAAUAUAUAUAUAUAUAUAUAUUUCACAAGGCACACG